UAGCAACGCCGCGGUAAAAUGCAAUCCUCGGAAGGAAGUGACCAUGAGGAACUGAUACAAAUUUGUCUCAACACUUCCAUUCCAGAUGCCAUCUCGUGGAAUGUAGAGCAGGUAUGUGACUGGAUUGCUCGUAUUGGUUUUUCGUGCUAUAAAGACUGUUUCCUAGACAACCACAUCGACGGUAAAAAGUUAGUAAAUGUCCACGCAUCGACUUUAUCAAUGAUGGGAGUCAAAAAUUUUGCUGACAUUCAGAAAAUAACAACGGAAAUCAGAGGACUGCUGAAUUUAGAGGAACCGAAUAACAAACGUACGAUACGUCUACCUCCGCGAAACUUUCUUGGCAUGUAUUUAGAAACGCAGUCGUACAACGGAUGUUCUCUUCAAGACCUAUCUUUCCCAAGAUUUGUUUUUCAUACAGUUGACAAAGUUUGGAAGCCUCCUCUUGGAAAUGAAGGAAUCGUUUUCGAUUAUCAUAGUUGAACUACAUCGGAUGGGAGAUGUUGUGCUAAGCAUCCUUACAUUCCUUUUCUGAACCUAUGCAUCUUUUCUCAUAUGUCUGAAAUAUAUAGGAAUCUAAAGUGCCCUUCACUGCUGCAUUUCAAAUAUAAAUUUUAGUUUU